GGUAAGUUGUAGAGGAAAUGCACAUAAUACUAAUUAAGCAUAAUCUGACACAUCUCUAGAGCUGGUUAUGUUUGUUGUUAAGGUGGCGAAUGGUCGACAACUUACUGUCAGAGAUCUGAAUGACAAUGCCCCAGUCUUUGAGAAAGAGGAAUAUAGGGCAUAUGUGAAAGAGACGUCACCUGUGGGUGAGGUUGUGGUCCAGGUGAAAGCAGUGGAUGCAGAUGUCAGUCCAGCGCACAAUCACAUCACCUACAGCAUUCAGCCACCUUCACAAACAUUUGAAGCUAGCGGGUCUGGACAAAUCCUUCUCAAAGAACCUUUGAAUUACACUAUCGCCAGCCAGUACAGUUUCACUGUGAAGGCACAGGUAAAGUUUAAUCGUGUUUUUGUUCACUAA